UGAACGCAGAUUGUACGAAGCGUUUCGCCUUGAAAGGAAAACACUUUGGACGUGACGACCUGCUUGAAGUCUGGGAUAUUUGACUGAAUAUUCUUAUUUUUUAUGUUUUCAAAUCAAAGUGGAGACAAGCUUUUAUCUGUAUUGGCCACUCAAGAGUCUCUUAAGGAGCCCAAGGCGUCUUGACUGAACUUCCCCAAACAACACACAUCCCGAAUUUAUCAGCUUGUGUUACAACAGAGUGAAGCUACUAGAGGAAAUUGCAAUUCCUGUUGGUGAGAUUUGCCAAUGACAUAACCAAGGGUUUGCAGACUCUGCCUGGGGUCAAGUUGUCCAACCACAUUGCUGCAAGAUUGUUGUGGUAUCAUUCACGGGAAUCGGAUUUACUGUUCACCAUGCCGGCCCUCUCCACCAGAACCGGCAGUGAAAUAGGUUUGUAUGAGCUGUUGUCUGUGCUGCCAUCUCAGCUGCAGCCUCAUAUUGAGAGCGCAGAUGACCGCUCCUUUCUACGCGCUAUGUUCGGAAAGAGGAGUCUACACUCAUUGGUUAAGAUUCAUGAGAAGCUACAGUGUUAUGAAGACCGCACACCAACUCCAGUACUGGACAGCGCCGGCUCACUGGCCCAAGAAUUGACGGAAGAACUUCAGGGAAGGAUUGCAAGUGAUGAGAUCAGAGAGCUUCUCAAGUUACUGUCCAAACCACAUGUACAGAGUUUGUUGUCUGUUCAUGAUACGGUGGCCAGGAAGAGUUAUGAUCCAGAACUUCCUCCUUUACCAGAUGACAUUGAUGAUGAAGAAGACUCUGUCAAGAUCAUCAGACUGGUCAAGAAUAAAGAGCCUUUGGGUGCCACCAUAAAGAAGGAUGAGCACACAGGAGCGAUCAUAGUGGCACGCAUAAUGAGUGGUGGCGCCGCAGAUAGAAGUGGGCUGAUACAUGUUGGAGAUGAGCUGAAAGAGGUCAACGGUGUCCCUGUGGAUGACAAAAAACCUGAAGAAAUAAUCCGCGUCCUGUCCCAAUCACAAGGUGCCAUCACUUUUAAAGUGGUCCCAGGUAUGAAAGAGGAGGCACCAAAGGAGCCCAAGAUAUUUUUGAAGGCAUUUUUUGAUUAUAAUCCAGCAGAGGAUAAAUCAAUCCCUUGCAAGGAGGCAGGGUUGGCUUUCAGGAAGGGAGAUAUCCUACAGGUUAUGAGCCAGGAUGAUGCCACAUGGUGGCAGGCCAAACAAGAGGGCGGUGGCAGCCUGCGUGCUGGACUUAUCCCUUCAAAACACUUUCAGGAGAGGAGGUUUGCAGUCUGGAGACCCAUGACUGUCACUCAGCCCCAGAGGACCCCCAGCAAAAGAUUGUCGGGUCUGCGGAGGAGUUUUCGUCUCAGCAGAAGAGAUAAGAAGACAAAUAAGUCCAUGUAUGAAUGUAAGAGAAGUGAGCAGUAUGACACAGCUGACGUGCCCACGUAUGAAGAGGUGGCAUCCUACUGCAGAAAACACGGAGACAGGCACAGACUUGUCGUUUUAGUUGGUCCCACCGGUGUUGGUUUGAAUGAGCUUAAAAGGAAGUUAUUGAUAUCCGACCCACAACAUUUUAGUGUCACUAUCCCACACACCUCUCGAGCUAAGAGACAUCAGGAAAGUGAAGGAGUGGAGUAUCAUUUUAUCUCUAAACAUCUUUUUGAGGCAGACAUGCAAAACAACAAGUUCAUUGAACAUGGAGAGUAUAAAGGAAACUACUAUGGGACGAGCUUUGACUCCGUACGUUCAGUCCUAUCCAAGAACAAGGUGUGCCUUCUGGAUGUACAGCCACAUACACUGAAGCAUCUUCGCACAGCCGAGUUUAAGCCCUAUGUUGUGUUUGUGAAGCCUCCAUCCAUCGAGCGUUUAAAAGAAACGAGGAGGAAUGCUGAAGUCAUCUUGGGUAAAGAAGAUAAGAACUUGUCCAAAUCCUUCUCGGAGGAGGACUACCAGGAGAUGAUCAAUGCCUCUCAGAUGAUGGAAAAUCAGUAUGGCCACCUCUUUGAAAAGGUCAUUGUUAACGAUGACCUCACAACUGCCUUCAACGAGCUCAAGCAGGCACUCAGGAAAGUGGAGACGGAAACUCACUGGGUACCUAUCAGCUGGACUCAUUCCUGAUGGGGCUACACAAAAUAGAGGAUUAAAGGACUAGGAAACAAGACAUCAAAUAUGGUGGGGAAAGCUAAGGGAAGGACCAUAAGGACUGUGAAAUUUUUUUUUUUUUUUUUUUUUUUUGGGCUGUUGAUGGUGCCAGGGAUAUUAUUUUAGAGUUAUCUUAAAAAAUCUGAUGUGGUUUAUCUGUUCUUGGAUGAGUAAAGUGGAAGCUUAUAGGCUUGUUUAUGUUUGGCCAUGGUGGAUGUAGCUGAACUGGUGUAAUUAUGUUAGAAAGUAAGCAAACAUCUGUCUGUGUAGCAGCCGCUGAGUGUGUGUUUCAGAUGCCCAAUCAAGUGGUCUGGUGAUUUUGACCACUCCUUGGUGUAUUUUUAACAUUAGUUUAUAGAAUCCAAAGGGAUAAUUAUUAUUUUUCUGUGGUCAAAGUAUGCAUUUUUGUAUCCAAGCUUAGAUGUGAAGUUUUAAAUUUGUCUGACUGGGUGAUGCUUUGUAGCACAAUAUCUACCACAUUAGCCUGUUACUCUGCAGCCAGUUACAUCAUUAACCAUAUAGGAAGGGACAUCACAUGAUGUUCAGAGGGCCCAAAGUGAUUUU